AUUUUUUUGGGCCAAGUACAUUUCCCUGUUGCCAAACAAGAUGGACAACGAAACGAACUACCAAUUUCACUUUCUGAACAGAUAUUCUGAUAUUGCUCUGAGCAGCUCAAUUUUAAUCAUUAUCGGUGCUGUGAUUGGGUCAAUUGGAAAUGUAGUUAUAAUAUUUUUCUACUUCUUCCGGAUUAAGGAGAGAGGCGAGCGAUACUUUAUACCCCUGCUUGGAAUUGUUGACCUGUUGGGAUGCUUGACGAGUCCACCCUAUUAUAUAAUGGAUAAUGAAUACAUGUUUGACUACCCCAGCACUGCUGCUUGUCGAAUCUUAACCUUUCUACAGUUUUUAAUUCCGGGAAUAUCCGGACAUACUCUUCUUGUUAUAUCUAUUCAAAGAUACCUUCUUGUCUGCAAACCAUUUGGACCGAAAAUGACGCACUUCUGGAAACGAGUUUCAUUUGGGAUUGUGUGUUUGUUUUCUUUCGCCUAUUCUGUUCCGCUUCUAGCAACUGCCGGAGUCUUUAGGGAUGAGGUCGUUUACAUGAACCAUAAUGUUACAACGGAAGUGUGCAAGCUAUCUGGCGAGAAGUCACUGUCCAUGAGUAUUUAUACCAUCUUGUUGUCUGUGAUAAUGGUUGCAAACCUUCUUUUAACUGCCGGGCUUUAUAUUCCUGUUCUGAGGCAGGUUAAAAUUUCAUUCCGUUCAAGAACUGGAACAUAUGAGAUUCACAGAGAUAGCAACGCUGGUUCAACUACAGAAACAUCGCAAGCCACUCGGACAUCUGAUAUAGAAAUUGACAACCCUGAUAAACCAUCCAUCCCUCUUGAGAUGGAAGCAAUAGAAACAAAAACGGUUGUACCAAACUCUCCAAAGAAAGUUAGGUUUGCAUCUACUGACACAACUAACAAGCAAUCAGAUGAUACAAUUGUCCAAAACGAUGCUGCGAACCAUGUGGCAAAUGGUACUUCAGAGAAUGUUGCGGAGCACCAUAAAACUGCGAAAAUUAAACAAAAAUCUAAAUCAGCAUCUGCCCAGAGACGGGUUUCGAUUAUGUUUCUGUUCCUGAUUGCAGCAUACGUGGUGUCCUACACCCCGGCACUCAUCGUUCUGAAUCUGUUCUAUCUGCUGGACGGGUUCACGUUCCACACCUUGACCAGGGCUAGGAUGGCUGUUUGGAUAUUUCUUACAAGACUUGUAUUUCUGAAUCACAUCGUUAAUCCUUUUAUCUACGGCUAUUUCGAUUCAAAGUUCAAAAAGCAGCUCGGAAAAUCUUUUCAAAGAAAGAAAUAAUAAGCAAUUACAAGACCGUAAAUCUACUGGAGGUUUUUACUUCGGGAACAUUAUAUUGCAUAAGGAUAAUGCAUAUGCUUAAAGAAAAUAGUGGACUGAUGAAAACGGAUACUAAAACGCAAUCAAAAACUCUUUAGAAUGUAGUGUAUAGAUUGGCCAUUAAUAAUUAACAUUGUAUUCUGAUUGUCUUAUUACAGGGUAUUGUAUUGUUUAAUUAUUCUGCAAACUGUAUUAAUGAUAUAUACUCUUUUAAGAUGGACGUGCUAACACAGUAAGUUUUUGAAAAUACUCUCUGUUUUCUUAUAUACUAUAUUUUUUUCCAUUACAAAUUCCUUAAUAUUUAUCGGUUUUUAACUUACAAUUAUGAAUCUUAUGUUUCAAACAUAAUUUACUUAUCAAGCAAUAAAACAUACCGGUACUAUGAUAUUAUCUAUUGUGUCUGUGCUUUUUUUCUUUCAUAUUUCUUCUGAUCUGAAUAUGUAUUAAAAUAAUUUUGUUUAAC